GGAUGAAAUGUUUAAGAAGUUCAACUUUGACACAGAAUGGGCAGUGAGACUUAUCUCUAGGAUUACAAAUGAUGAGGAUAUCCCUAUUGAAGGUGACACAAUUGUUAAGCAGCUUUUGGCACUACAAAUUAAUGCUGAGAAGUUUUUCUUUGGCAUAAGAAAGAGCCUUGUCGAGUUUGAUGAAGUUUUAGAGGUGCAAAGGAAGCACGUCUAUGAUCUUCGGCAAUCAAUCUUGACAGGCAAUUCAGAAAGUACCUCACAGCACAUUUUCCAAUACAUGCAAGCAGUGGUGGAUGAAAUUGUCUUUAAAAAUGUUAAUCCUCUUAAGCACCCAAGCUGCUGGUCUUUGGGUAAGCUUUUAAAGGAGUAUAAUGACAUAGCAGAGGAGUUAUUGAAUGACUGUUUUGCAGGGAUUACGGAAGAAAGUUUUGGGAAAUCACUCUCUCAACUUCAUGAAUUGAAUUCUGUGAAUAUCAAUGACUUUCACCUUCCAAAUCUGCCCAAACCUCCUAAUUCUUUUAGGGGAAUCCGUGCAAAGAGCUCUUCAUUGAGACGUUGGCUUGCUAUAUGCACUGAUGAUUCAACACCAGAUGGGAAGUAUCGGGCGACUGCAAAUCUUCUUCGCAAGUACCUUGGAGAUUUCAUGAUUGCUUCAUACUUGAAAGUCAUUCAAGCAUCUGGUUAUGAUGCUAUGUACAUUAAGGAAAUAGAGAGGGCAGUUCUUGUUAAAACUUUAGAUUGUUUCUGGAGGGAUCAUCUUGUAAACAUGAAUAGGCUCAGUUCAGCGGUGAAUGUCCGGAGUUUUGGGCACAGAAAUCCACUUGAAGAGUACAAAAUUGAUGGUUGUCGAUUCUUCAUUUCGAUGCUCAGUGCUACAAGAAGGUUAACUGUAGAGUCACUCAUACAUUACUGGUCAUCUCCAAUGGAGUCCGAAGAAUUAUAUGUAUAAAUUAAAAGAUGUCAAUCUUACUGAUUUGACAGGUCCCUUGAACCAUUUCCUGGCGUCCAAAGCCCACCACAGCAUUAUCAAUGUCAAGGCUACAAAGAGAGCAGCGGGAGCAUAGUUGAAAGUACUCCAUGUAAUGGGAUAGAGAGUUGGCAAUAGGAAGACUGAGCAGGUGUAGCAUAUCCACAAGAAGGCUACCAAGUACACCACCUUUCCUGCUCUGCCCAUAUAGAAGGGUCCUGGUUUGAAUUUCUCCUCAGCCAUUACCAAUCUUGCGAAGAUGGGGACAGCAUAACUACCCACCCAGCCAACCGUGCUAAUGGAAAUUAUAGCGCUGAAGAUGACGUUAAGCUUGAGGAUGGGGAGUCCAAGAAGGAUAGCUAUGGCUGCAGAAAGCCACACCGCAUUUACUGGAACCUUAUGCUGCGGGUGGAGUUUUACCCAAACUCGUGAAAAUGGAAUUCCUUCAUCCCUUGAAAGCGCAUAUAUCUAGGGCCAAAGAAGCAACUGUACAUCAAGAUAUUGGAAAUGACGUGCAAAUGUAUGUCAAACUGGUAUAAAAAAGAGCCUCUGGUGUUAGGGAAACAUCUGCAUCCUUAUUACGAGGAUUGAUGACAGUUUUCAUUUACACCAUCGGUUUUAGAUGUUUGCCUGUAUGUGCAGUUUUUGCCAUAUCUUUGGAUUCUUUGCUAUGGUUUAUGUCUUUUACUACAACCUAGACGUAGACUCGAGGAUUGAAAAUGGUUCUGACUUGUACUAAGAAAAUCAGGUGCAUGAGCUUAGCCUAAACACUAUUGAGUAGAUUGUUU